AAAAACAACUCUAUUUAUGGCAUUUGAAGGACAAUCUCGAGGACAACAAACAUCUCAUCAAUGAUUCAAUGAUUAGAUAUUAAGAUUCAGAUCAACCAAUCACUGCUCCUCAACAACACAUCUCACGAGACGUUCACUGGAUUUACAUUUCAAAAAUCGCGCCAAACGUCUGACGCAUGCGCUCUGUCUUCGCAAUGAACUCUCGAGUCGUUGUUUUCGCCAAAAGACGUAUUUCUGGUCUUCCGUCGGCCGCCGUCCCCGCCGUCUAUCCCAAUAUCAAUCGGAAACAAUUGAAACGGGGAACUGGGGGUCGGUCGUCGUUCAAUGGUCAGGUGGUCACAGUUUUCGGCGGCGGAGGAUUUGUCGGGAAAUACGUUUUGAAUGAAUUGGCAAAAACGGGAACUCAAGUCGUGAUUCCCUUCAGAGGAGAUUUCUUUGAAGUCCAGAGACUUAAGGUUAUCGGCGAUUUGGGACAGGUCCAGUUUCGGAAAUUCGAUUUGAGAGACGAAGAGUCGGUUUUUGAAUGUUUACGUCAUUCAACAGCUGUUAUUAAUUUAAUCGGAAAAGACAUCGAAACCAAUAACUUUUCGUUCGAAAAAGUUCACGCAAUCGGCGCCCAAACCAUCGCCCGAUGUGUCCGCGAAGCUGGCAUCCAACGAUUUCUGCACGUCUCCACAGCCAACGCGAGUCCGCGUCCAACACCGCAUCUUCUGAAGUCGGGAUCGGGUUUUUUGCGUUCGAAAUGGAAAGGAGAACAACUGGUCAGACAAGAGAUGCCGUCGGCUAUUAUCGUUCGUCCGACAGAUAUUCACGGAUUAGACGAUAAUUUCUGUCAAUAUUUCGCUCGAUGGCAAAGAAGACAAUACGGAAAAGUUCCGCUUUUUAGAGGAGGUUUUCAUUCAUAUAAACAACCGGUUUUUGUUAAAGACGUCGCCCAAGCCGUCGUCCAGGCUCUUCAAGACCCGAACGCCCCCGCAAAUACUUACGAACUUUUUGGUCCCCGAAGAUACACUUUGCGCGCUCUGGUCGAGUAUAUCAAUAGAUGCAUUCAAAAACCAGAAGAAGAAGGAUUCCGAGUCACGAAUCUUCGUUGGUCGCCAUCUUUUAUGGCCAGAGUUUAUCUGUUUUCGGCUUUAAAAGGAUUAUUCAAAUAUCCGUCGAUUUCUUUGGAACGAUUAGAAAGGGAAUGCGUUUCUGAUGUUCGACAAGAAAACACUCUCGGAUUCGAAGAUUUGGGUAUUUGUGCGGAACCUCUGGAAGACAAGUGGGAAUACCAUUUGAUGCAAUGGCGGCGACAGUCGUAUUACGGCGAAGAAGUGUCAGAAUUCGUCCAAACGGAACGUCCGCCACAACAACCUAUUGUUCAAUAAAAUCGUAAUUUAUUUCUGAAAA